AGAACACAAGCCUAUUGGUUGAAACCGGUCAAUUCUAACCUCUACUUAUCGCUGAUUCACAUAGAAAAGACUGCAAUAACUUCCAAUAGAGUCAGACGGAUCAAUACAUCAAUUUCGUUGACAUUGAAUUAAUCAUUGAAUAUCACCGAAUCCCGAUCAACCUCGUUUAAACCUCAUAUUAAUCACAAAUUGUAUUGAAUUGAGAGUAGAUUUUUCAUUCACGACUUCAAACCAUUACAAAUUCAACCGUUGAGCUCAUAUAGAAGUCAACAAUUGAAACUUAAAACAAUAGAUUUAAUCAAAUCAUUAACAAAUUAUCAUAACAUACAAUGCCUGGCUUGAACUUCGACAACUACCAGAGAAACUCGUAUCUCACCACUAAGGGUUACGGAACUCCCAAGGCUACCUCUACUGGUACAACUAUUGUAGGCUGUAAGUUUAAAGGAGGGGUGGUGAUUGCUGCUGAUACUCGUGCUACGGCCGGAAGCAUCGUGGCCGAUAAGAACUGUGAGAAAUUACAUAGACUAGCACCCAAGAUCUGGUGUGCUGGUGCCGGUACAGCCGCUGAUACUGAGAUGGUAACUCAAUUGAUAGCUUCAAACUUGGAGUUGCACGGACUUUACCAGAAUAGGCAACCCCGAGUCAUCACCGCUUUAACGAUGUUAAAGCAACACUUGUUCAAGUACCAGGGCCAUUUGGGUGCCUAUUUGAUUGUAGCUGGUGUAGAUCCAACUGGCGCUCAUUUGUUGUCGGUACAAGCUCACGGUUCUACCGAUAUCGGCAAGUACCAGUCGUUGGGUUCUGGUUCGUUGGCAGCCAUGGCUGUAUUGGAAACUAAUUUCAAGGAAGACAUGACCAAGGAAGAGGCCAUCAAGUUAUGUGCAGAUGCUAUUGAGCUGGGUAUCUGGAAUGAUUUGGGUUCCGGUUCGAAUGUAGACAUAUGUGUGAUGGAAGUAGGCAAAGAUGCUGAAUUGUACAGAAACUACUUGACUCCAAAUGUCAGAUCAGAGAAGGCAAGAUCGUACAAGUUUGCUAGAGGAUCUACUGCUGUGUUGAGAGAAACUGUACGUGAUAUUUUGGAUGUAGAGGAAACGGUUGUCACAUUUGGUGAUGCUAUGGAGGUGGAUGCAUAG